GAAUAAGCGUGAAAAUAGUUAUCAAAAUGUCUGACCAAUACCUACUAGGAUUGAUUGUCUUGAAGAUAAAAAGCCCACACUGUGCGCGCGUGAGAUAGAGAGAAAGGCCAGCGGGAGAGGAGAGAGUUUUUUGACAUAAUAAACAAGAAAAGAGGGCAGAAGGAAAGAUCUUUAAAAGUCCCGUGAAACUCUUGGCGUGUGGAUCUCCUAAUGCAGAAAGGUGUCGGAUCGAAGGAAAAUUGCCUACGCGGUCGUGGCGAAAAGCAACGAAAAUUGUGCGAACCAAUAGGAAAACUGUGUUGAUCUUACGAUAAGGUGUUGAUUUUCAAUCAACGGAAGCGGUUUUCCCCGGAGUAGGCUUAGAAAACGACGGAUUUACGCCGGAAAACUCGACCUAAAAAACGCGAAAGAAAAAUUUCCACAUUGGCACCCGUCUUCUGGCGAAAAGAAAAAAGAGAAGGAAAUCUCGAGAGUGAAGUGGACCUCUUUUCGUGGAACUGACUCUGAUUCCUCAGUUCAAGUCUCAGGCAGGCAGUCAGCGGCAGCAGUUAAGCGAGCGAGUGUGAGGUGCAAGAAUUCGAAGAGAACUAAGUGAAAGACGCCAAAGGGAAAGAAGCCAUCGAACGGCAGCUGCCAGAGCUAGUAGCGUUACGCGGCGACCGCGGAGGGAAGAAUCGAGGACAGUUAGUCUUGAGUUCGUGGCGUUCCGAUUUUCUUUCCGUCAAGUUUUUUUCUCUAUACCUCGGUAACGACGAUUCGGUGCCAGUGCUAGUGCCAGUGUGGUGGUGCGGUUAGUGUCGGUGAAAAACUUGAGUCAUCAGUUUUCCGAGUGCUUCGUGGAAUAUGACCUCCCCCCAGUGGAAGUGUAGGAGGUAGAAAUCUUUCACAACAACCGUGCGAUUUUUUCCGUAGGAAAUUUGAUCUUGGAGUUAUAAACGCACACAUAUAAAGUGGAAGCAGAAGCGGAAAAUAUCCAGGAACGAUGCCUCCAUCUUACUGCUCGGUCAUCGGAUGCUCGAACAGUCGGAGCCCUACGUGCAGUUUGUACUGCUUUCCCAAGGAUGAUGCUGUGUGCAAGCAGUGGGUCGAAUUCUGCAACCGGCCGGAGCUGUGGAAAAAGUAUGCCGAAAAUGGCCCCGAGUACCUGUACAAGAGUUCUCGAAUCUGCUCCGAUCACUUUCUGCCGAGCGAUUUCAACAAUCCAAAUCUUUUCAGUCAAGGGCUGAAAAAAGGUUCAGUGCCGACACAAUAUCCAGCCAGUAAAGAACCAAAGAAUCGUUAUAGUAUUGGCGGAAUUGGACUGGGGCUUGCUGGCGGUGGCGGCGGUGGUGGUGGUGGUGUUAGUGGCAAUAAUUCGCCACCCAACCAUCACAACAACAUCAACGAUAGCGAGUCACCACUCAUCAUGCCAAUGUCAACGAAGCGACCGCUGUCGUCGCAGCCUUCAGCGCAGCAGCCGGUUGCCAAGCAGCGAAGAUCGGUCCCCGCCGCCCUCAACCUCAGCACCAACAAUAGCACCAACAACAGCCAUGCUACCGUGAGCGGUGCGCUAGCCGGACUGAUCCAACGCCAGCAGCUGAAAGAGCAACAGCGGAAAGCGUUCGCUGCAGCCCUACAGCUCCAACAUCGACCGAACCAGCAACAGACACGAUCGCUGCUGGCCUCGCUGAAGCAAAAACCCAACUCAAAUAACAACAAUAAUAACAACAACAACAACCACAUCAGCAGCAACAACAAUAAUAACAAUACCAGCAGCGGCAAACUGGCAGCUGUUGCGGCACAGGAAAAGCUCGAGGAUGAACGGGGGUACGGCAUCAACUACGUGGACAUGGACGGAGGAGAUUCCUCCGAGUAUGAAUCGGGCCUGCAGAGUGCAGUGGAGAAGGAACUGGCCGCCUACAAGCAGCUGCAGCAGAUGAAGGCCGUCAAGGCAGCAGCGGCGGUUAUUCCGGCGUCCCUGAAAGCCGAGCUAACCGUAACACCGGCGGUAAACCACAGCACCAGCAAUGGCCACUCUUUACUAAACGGUACGAUCAACUACAAGGAAAAGUACGAGCAAACGCUGAAGGAACUGUUCGCCUGUCGCAAGAUCGUCAAGAACCAGAACAACGCCAUCAAGCAGCUCCAGGGUGAGAUAGAUUUCCUCAACCAGCUACUGAAGGAGAAAUGAUGCCCUUUGCUAGCGGUCGGCAGGGGGCCCAGUAGCAAUAGCGGCAGUAGCAGCAGCAGCAGCCGGGUGCCAAUGGUUUUCUAGGUCUAGGUCGUAUCUCGAGUGUGGCGGAAGAAACUUUGUUUCUCUUUGUAUUAUAAAUUGCGUGUGGCCACACCGCAAACAUUUAGCUUUAAGUAUUUGGUUUAAAACAGAACGAUAGUUUACGUCCUUUCCUCUUUUAGUGCCAGUAGAGUUUUGUUUCUUUUUAAACUGUACUUUCUUGCUAGUGACAUCACAAUACACUAGCCACGUAGUUACCAUUUUAGCACCAUUUCAAAACCAGCACAAUUAUUAAAUCGUUUUUCGAAAUCUUAGUUUGUAACUGCCGUGUUUUAUGCUAAACAGAUGUGGGUAACCCUUACAAAAUAGUCAAUAGUAUGGUUCUCUUCUGCAUGAACAACAUUCCGAUUGUGAGUAAACUGUUUAGCACAUGCAAUCUCUUGAGAAAUAUAUUUAUCAUAGGGCUUUUUGCAGGUUACAAGAGUUCUUGCUUUUAAAGAUAUAGUUUUGGGUCUUGUAUGUUAGCGGUAAAAUAUCAAAGAUAAUUUCAGCGGGGGCAGACACGACAUAUAUUUACUAAGCAAAUUCCCCCAAAACGCCGAAAUCAUCCUCAUAGUCAAAAACUAAACACAGUAGUAUUCGCUCCGAAUCGCAAAGGUUGAUUUCGAGAGACAGUUAUACGAAAACAAAACAGGAGAAGUAUGCGCCUUGAAACCAGUAAAUUUAGGGUAAAGUAAAAUCAAGCUUAGUAGCAAACUUUUACACGGAACAAAUGAAAACGGAGGUUUCGCCACGACAAAAAAAAAACAAACUUUGAUAAGCUCUUCUAGUUGGUAGAACAAGAAAUGUAUAGUAGUAAAACUAGCUGACGUAAGGUAACCUGUACAGAUCGUUCGGCUCGUUUCGAUCGAGUGACAAAGGCACCCAAAAAAACAAAAA